UCAAAUACCCAGACAACUUCUUCUUUGUGUCUUUGCAUUUCAUUCUACUGAAUGCAACACUGAGCCAGCAAUCCUUGACGUUCGUUACUACUCGCUUUAAUUAUACCUAUACUUGCAAUCAUGGCCAAGAUCGGUCCUUCGCCAGAAAAUGCUGGUAAUCACCAGCCUUCAACUCUCUACUCGCUUGUCAUGACACCAAUCAAUAUUACCGUAUUCCUCCUCUCACUUCUUCUGGUCGAUUUUCGUCAUACUGCCGGUCGCAAUAACUUCUACGCUACGGGUAGCGAGCAGGCAAGAUGGAUGCCUCGAUGGCUUCUUCAGCCCUAUCAACAUAUUGGACACAGCGACCACGAUGCUCAUGGUCGCUGGCAUUAUCACAGCAAGCAAAAGAAGCUCAUGAAGAUGGAAGCAGAAGAGGCCUUUCAAAUGAGGUCCACCGUGCUCGUCUUCAUGGCAGUGGCUUUGGCUCUGGCCACGAGCGCCGUGUGGCUCGCGACAAGCAGUCUGUAUUACGGUGUCACUGCUCUUGUUGAGCAUCAGAGCAACAAUCAAACCACCCCGUUGCUUUCGAGGGUGUGAACAGCCGAUCGUCCAUCCAUAACGGAGCCGAGCAGGGAAGCAACAACGGACACCACCCUGCGUUUCGCGGGGUGCCAUCGCAUCGUAUCAUACCAUUUUGCAUUAUGCAUGCCCAUCACAAGCCAGCACAUUCAUUUAUCGAUUCUUGGACAUUAUUCGGACGAUCUUGAUCCCUUUACCUCUUGAUACUUCUAAUGAUGGUUGCAGCAUUGCAACAGCAGAAGAAUUCGCUUGCGUCAUUGUCCCAUGAGUGGACGUUUUAGCAGCACCAUCACGUCACGAUGCACUGACUGGCUUUGGAAUGUCGAUCAAAAGUGGCAUCCGCAUCGCUACGACUGUUGACAUCGACGCGGGUAUUUCAGGGGUCUCUGUGGACCGUGAUAUGCGUUUCGCACCCCUGCAUAACUCACAAGCGAAGGAGUGCAUUGCUACGGGUUGCAAGUGUCAACAAUUAUCAUGAAACCGGAUGUUUUGGUCCUGCAACAUGGGAAGAGGCAGCAAAAGUUUGAGUGGUUUUGGAUCUGAAUUUGAAUUUGAAUUUGAAGGUGGAAUUGAAAUCCAGCAAGACUUUAUGUCUAGAUGUCAUACCGAAAGGUGACUCGGCAAGAAUUGAAUAAUAAGAAAACCAAAUAUACCACAAACGCCUAUCAUGUUAGAUUUCCAUUUCUGAUUUGACCUUUCAGAGACUUGAGGCAAGGCCAAUACAACGUUGAAUCCCCCUACAAAAGUACAUUCCUUAAACAUUGAAACCGUUAAACAGUAAAUCUUCCGCAUUGAAUCAUCAAGAGAGUGGUUAACACACUAUCCGAUACGCUCCUCUACGCUGCCCCAGUAGACAAUGGGCCUGGGCUCGAGGAGACUCAGUUCACUCCCGAAACUCUUACGCUCAGCUUCUAGGUUCAAGAGGGAAGGCUGGCGAGAGAUGACGCUGUUGAUGGUAGCGGCAGCAGAUGAACCCAUCGUGUUAACAGAUGAGUAUGAUGCUUGUGUGGAAGUGGAGGCUGAAGAGCUGCGGCGUAGGGAGUUGCGCAGACGAGAGGGUGAGAAGCGAGAAGCCAUGGUUUCAAAGCGGGUGUUGUGAGCCAUUUUGUGGUAUUUUUGAUGAUAUGAUUGGAAAUGCAGUAUUAUGAAGGUCUCGCUUGUAUGAGAGUGUAGUGUCGUAUUAUGUGAUGUUGAUGCUGAUGAUGAUAACGACGGUGAUGAUGGUUCUUUUUAGUCGUGUAAAGUGCGUACUGUCCAGCAGUUGUCGUGUAUAACGUGGUAAAUCAGAUUCUGGAAAGAGUGAACGAGGUCAAAGGAUAGUAAACAGAGGCACAGCCUUUAGUAUGUUUCUACCGACGACUCUUUGUGUUUAUCAACGAAAGAAUGAAAAAUGUUUCUUUGGAUGAAUGCAAAGGC